AAAUACCAAGAGCGCUUACUCCGCUGCCAGACUUUGGAGCUUAAACAAGUUUGGAAUACCAGCAAAAAAGCAAAGAAUUUUGUAACCAUGGUCGAGAAGUUUGUCGGGACGUGGAAGAUGGUUUCCAGCGAGAACUUUGACGACUACAUGAAAGCCAUUGGUGUCGGCUUCGCCAUCCGGCAGGUGGGCAACCGUACCAAGCCCAACUUGAUCGUGACAGUGGACGACCGGGGCGCCAUCAGCAUGAAGACGCAGAGCACGUUCAAGACGUCCGAGAUCAAGUUCAAGCUCGACGAGCCCUUCGAAGAGACCACCGCUGACGACAGGAAGACGCGGAGCGUCGUCAGCUUGGAGAACGGCAAACUCGUGCAGAAGCAGACCUGGGACAGCAAAGAGACCCGCAUCGAAAGAGAGGUCACUGAUGGCAAGUUAAUAGCGAGGUGCAUCAUGGGAGAUGUGGUGGCAGUGAGGACAUACGUGAGGGAGGCGUGAUGACGUGGCCACCGCCGCUAGCACCACCGUGCCGGACCCAUGACAGGCUCAGUUUCAUGAGUGUCCAUUUUGUCUAGUUUUGUAUUGGUGUGUUUACUCCAAAAUCCUGAAAAUUGUGCAAAUUUCAAUAAAGCUCAUUUGUCAAA